UGAACUUCCGGGGCUUUUUGGCUAGAUCGAGAAGAACGGAGCAGAGCACAGAUUCUUCCUAGUUGCAACUUUUAGUAAAUAUUUAAGACGUCCCGAAAAAGCGAAAUAGCAGAGCCUCUUUCUACUCAUCUGAGUCGACACUGCGACUUCAACGCGCGUUAGCUGGACUCGCUAGCUGUGAGGCUAACACCGGAAGUUAGCGUCACAUGCUAAAGCAGCGCGCUCUGCUGCGAGUGUUGUGUCCAAAAUGUGCAAAGUCCAAAAGCUGCGGGCGUUGGUGAACGAGCGACUCACCGCCGCCGUGGAGGAAAUAUUAGUAGCGUUUGAAAGAACCAUAGCCGAGUACGAGGAGGAACUUUGUCGGUCGAAGGAAGAGAUCGAGCGACAGCGUCGGCUACUGGACGCCUUCUUAAAGCCUCGUUUAAAGACAGCAGAUGUUCCUCCUCCUGUGCAGCAGCAGAAGGAGCCGCAGCCCCCCCACGUUAAGGAGGAAAAUAAUGUUACAGGGCUGGAGGACGUUGAUAUCAGCGCUUUCCAUGUGAAGAGUGAAGGUGAAGAAGAAGAGCAAGCCGACUGGUCGCACCUUCAUCGCCACUCCAGCGAGGAGGAGACGAGGCAUCACAUCAAGACAGAAGAUGGUGGUGUCGGAAGAGAAAGGGACGCCGGUCCACCGUCGGACUGUGAGGACACUACGACAACAUCGACUGAGACCGAUGACAGCGACGACACAGAAGAAGCCUUCAAGAGGAAUAACGAUUCCAAAGGGGAGAAGACGUUCGCUUGCUCUUUUUGCAGCAAAAAUUUCAACCGGAAGGACAGUUUCAUCAGACACAUCCGAGGGCACACUGGAGAAAAACCUUUCAGCUGUUCCAUCUGUAGCAAAAGUUUCAAAUAUCGUUAUGAAAUUAGCAGACACAUGAAAAUCCACACAGGGGAAAAACCGUUCAGCUGCUCAGUUUGCGGGAAAACCUUUGGUCGCCGGGAGCACUUGCUCUCUCACAUGAGGAGUCACACUGGAGAGAAACCUUUCAGCUGCCCAGUUUGCAGUCGAGGUUUUAGCCAGCGUUCGCACUUGGCUGCGCACUCCCGGACGCACACUGGAGUGAAACCUUUUCCUUGCACGGUUUGCGGGAACACGUUCUCGCUGAAGUGCGUUCUGAUUGCGCACAUGAGAACGCACACGGGAGAGAAACCGUUCACCUGCACAGUUUGCGGCAACAAGUUCACACGCAAAAGGCAUUUGCUGAUGCACAUGAGAAGACACACUACGGAAAAAAGCGCUCAGAUGCAGUGUGCUUCUUUAAAGAAUGGCUCCAAUCCAGAUUAAGACAAUGCGCUAGUGUAAACAGAAAUUUAAAUAAACUCUAAAUUUUUUAAGAAAACAAACUUCAGCCAGUUCCGAGCAACAAUGAUGGUUGCACAUCCUUUUUUUUUCAUACAUGUAUUCAACAUGUUGGAAUCAAAUAUCGAAAAAUGGACUUCAAACCUUUCAGCUGUUGCGUGUGCACCACAACGUUCGGAUGCCACUCCAAACUCAACACAUAUGAAAACCCACAUCCCAGACAAAACGUAUGCAUGCUCCGUUUGCGGAAAACUGUUUAGCCGCAUAGGCAACUGCCUCGCUCACAUGAGGAGCCACACCAGAGAAAAACCGUUUGGCUGCUCGCUUUGAAUGCACAUCAUUCUCACACCGGAGAGAAGCCUUCUGAUGACAUGUAAAAGUGUCACAUGGGAAAACACACAGAAAAAAAAAACAUGGACAAGUUUUUCUGGAAAGGGGCGUUUGAUUGCACAUGGGAGAAAAAACAUUUCAGCAAUGGUCAGGAUAAAAGACCAAAAUAAAACAC